AUGGAAGUGGAUCUCAGUGGAGUGUCGAGGGCUCACGUUUCCAUUCUACCUGCAGCUGAGAUCAAAGCUACGUUGAAAGCGGAGGCGGAACGACCUCGUUGCGCCAGCACGCCUUGCUCCCCCAUCAGAGGUACUGUAGCAGGAUACCAAAUCCUCCACAUGGACUCAAACUAUCUAGUGGGCUUCACAACUGGCGAGGAGUUGCUCAAAUUGGCCCACAAAUGGUCGGAAAACUCCCCGGAGAAGAGCGCUCUCUCAGAGGCUGUGCCCAGCCCCGUUCAGACCGGUGCCUCCAAAUCCUUAGACCUGGGCAUCCACCGGUCUUCGAGAAUCUUUAAAGCCAAAAAUCGCUACUACCAGCCUUACGACAUUCCUGCUGCUAACGGUCGGAGAAGGCGGCGCAUGCCCAGCUCGAGCGACACCUUCCUCAGGUCAAUGUCUUCAGGGGAACACGGCAGGGGCGUGCAUGCGCCGCUCCCCUUGUGUCGUCUUAAAGGCAAGAGGACCCAGUCCAAGUCUUUGGACUACCUUAACCUCGACAAAAUCGCUAUCAAGGAUUCAUCAGACACGGAGGUGUUACAAUACCAACUGCAGCAUCUCACCCUGCGUGGAGAGCGCGUAUUUAGUAGAAACAAAACUUAA